AUGUUGAUCCUGCAGAAAUGGGAACCUGUUGUGUCGGAUAGCUUCCCUUCACGCAUAUCCUUUUGGGUACAGGUCCAUGGUAUACCACUUCACUACUGGACAGAUGGUACUAUCAACGCCAUUGGUGCUGUACUUGGACCUAUUGAAAGCCGGGAAGUGAACAAAGCUAGGCUUCGGGUACAAAUAAAUGGUUUGAGACCAUUAAUUAUGUGUAUGGACCUCGAACUGCCAUCGAAGAAGAUCGUAGAGAUAGUGCUGGAGUAUGAGCACUUAGAAAAGCACUGCUUUUUCUGUAAGUCCCUGUCCCAUGAAGAUGGAGACUGUCCUGCUCGACCUCUGGAUAGGACUAACCCUGGAGACAAAAGGCGCCUAGAUAUCUCUCGUCAAAACACUCUGGAAAGCAUUGAGGAGGGAAGGAGAAGGCAAGCUGAAAGAAAAUUCACUCGCAACAACGAAGGCAAUACUCAUAGCGGAGCUCGCUGA